AUAUUUAUUUUAUUAUCUAUUGUUAUUAGAUUCCUAACACAAUGGGCUAUAUUCGCAGCAUUCUUGUUACAGUCUUGCUGGCAUACUUUUCAAAACAGUUCUAUUUUUGGUUGGUUGAUAUGGGUGUUGGUGUACCUUAUAACAAUGUUUAUCCUGGGAAAUGUCGAAUUAUUCCUGGAGUUGAAUGUGGUUCUGAGAAGAUUGCAGUCACAUCAGAUGGUUUAGCUUUUAUUACAAGUGGUUUAAGAUUACUGACAUCCUGUAAUGUAAAAUAUGUACAAGGUCGAUUAUAUUUGUUUGAUUUUUCUCACCCAGAGAAAGAUGCAGUUCAACUGGAAAUCUAUGGGCAGUCACAGUUUGAUCUUAAAAGCUUUGAACCACAUGGAAUGGACAUAUAUGAAGUUGCCGAGACAAACCUUGUUCAAGUUUAUGUUGUUAAUCACGCUAAUCAUCAUGAGAGCAUCGAGGUGUUUCUUUAUAAUCGUGAUGCUCCACACAAAAUUGAACACAAAGAAACAAUUAGAGAUGAAAAGUUUGUUUGUUUAAAUGAUGUUGCAGUUGCAUCAGAAAAUAAAUUCUUUGCAACCAACUGUUUAAAAUAUUGUCAUGUUAAUUUUCUAUUCUUAGUUAUGGAAUUUCUUUUCCAUAUGAAAACAGCGAAUGUUUUAUUCUACGAUAAUGGAAACACAAAAAUUAUUGAUGAUGGUGGCCUUCUUUACAAUGGAAUUGUUCUCCACAACAACCAUGUACUGGUUGCUAGUAAUGGCGAUGGUUUAAUGAUUACAUAUGAUAGAGAUGAAAAUACAAAUGAAUUGUCCAACCGUCAACAAUAUUUUAUUGGCCAUCAUCCUGACAAUAUUGAUAUUAACAAAGAAACAGGUGAAAUCCUUAUUGGCACUCACAAAACAACUUUGCCCCUCCUGUUGGCUACCUUCAACAAAUCAGAUUUAGUUGGUGGUACAGCUAUCAAAGUAAAGUUGGAUCGGUCCUUAAAGAAAGUCGAAGUUGAAGAAAUUUUGCAUGAUGAUGGUCGUAAAUUUGUGAAGGGAAUUGCCAGUGUAGUAUACUAUAAAGGGCAAUAUUUAUUUGGAUCUGUUUUUGAUAAACUUGGUUAUUGCAAAGUAAAUAAUGAUUGAAAGUAUCCCUACACCUUCUUGUCAAUACCAAAUAGGGUAUUUGGCAAAGUCAUGAUUGUUUUUUGAA